AUGUAUUCACCAACGUUUUCUACUAGAACGGAAUCUUCAUCAAGAACUACAUCAUCUACAACUAAAACUCCACCUUUGGAAAUGGGUCUCAAUAAAUUAAACAGCAAUCGGAAUAACGGGAGCAACAAUAAUGUCUCUGAUGCAACGAAUAUGGAACAUCUGUAUCUGAUGCCUGUAACUGAUAUACAUGGAUUAAUGACAGACAAAGACGAUAUUUCUUUGGAUAUAUUCAAAAUGUACAAUAAAAAGUACCUUCCCCAAGAACAUCAACAACAACACCAACGAAUUUCAAAUUUAGCCUGGAGAAUAAGCUCAAACAAAAGCAAAGUAAAUAAACCAACAAGAAGAUCAAGCUCACAAUCAUCAGCAUCAUCGAUUCCAUUACCAACUUCUGGGCUAGCUUCCAGUGCACCACCCAAUAAACUGACAGUCAGAAACAAUUCAAUCACCAAAUCAUUAAAUCAAACCCUUUUGAAUGAUUCCAGUUUAGACGAGUUUGAUUAUGUUGCUCAUAUUAGGAAAAUAAGCCAAGAAGAGUACUCCCAACAAAGCUCAAAGUUAUCGCCUAACAACAACAACAAUAUGGGUGGUAACAACAACAAUAAUAAUAACAAAAAUAACACUAACUUUCUUUCGUCAUACAUUUCAUCACUAGAAUCAACUUUGAAACAACAACAACUGCAACAACAAUCACAGCCGCCAUCACAACCACAACCACAAUCACUGGCUCCAGUGCUGCAAUCUGGUCAACCCAAAAAAGUAUUACAGUGUACAAAUUGCCAAACGCGAACUACCCCACUUUGGCGUAAAGCCAACAAUGGUGACUUGCUUUGUAAUGCAUGCGGAUUAUUUUAUAAAUUACAUGGUGUUUUAAGACCAAUCAAUGGAGACAAAAAGAGAAAGUAUACCAAACGGAAUGAUAAAAUGAUACUGACAGAUAAUACCAACAUUUUUGCAGGAUUGAGUCAACAAAAUCAUGGCAGUUCUCAAGACAUUGCCAAACUGCAACCAAGCUUACACAGUUUUGUUUCACAAAACGAACAACCUUGGGGAUUUGAUAAUGGUGCCAUUCCUGAUUUCAACAGUUUCGAUGCGCUUGUAGGAUCCAAUAUAAAUGCCAAUAACACUUCCAAUAAUACCACUAAUGCUAACAACAACAAUAACACUGAUAAUAAUGUUGAUGAAAUUGACAAGUUAUUGAAUAUGAACAUAUUCCAAACUGAUUUCUCCCUCAAUAAUAAUAAUCAUCAUCAGCACCACGACGAGUUAGAUUUAUUGGAUCCAAAUGGAUUACCACCAGGUGGCGGUCACUUUAACAAUGAUCCUGAUAGACAAAAUCACACGACAACUAAUGAUUCCAAUGAUAAUUCAACAACAAACAACUCCUGGAAUUGGUUAGACUUUAGUCCCGCUGCAUAA